CUUCUUCUUCUUCUUUUUGAAGAGCAUGGUGAUUUGAUUUAGGCUUGAAACCCUAAAUGCUCCCUUAUAUGUUAAUGGGGAAAAUUUUGAGUAAGUGCUUUAUUAUAAUAAUAAUAAUAAUAAUAAUGGACUCAAAACACCAACUCUGUCCUAGCUGAACCUUGGUUGGUGUUUGUUAUGCUAUUGCUUGUUACUUUAAGGGUGCAGUUAUUUUAGAUGUGUGUGAUUUGAAUUUUUUGGAAAAUGGCAGUUCUUUUUUGGUGAAACCUGUGAUCUUGUGGGCAUUAUGUAGGAAAAUGGAGCUAGAUGUGUCCUGCAGCAGUGCAUGGUGUGUUACCUUUAUCCCCAUAGAGUUAGAAGGGCAUAUGGGCAUUCAUAUCUUCACUGUUAAAUGGAGAGCCAAAUUCUUGAGGAAUUAAAAAGUGCUCGCAAUCUUGUUGUGAGUCUUGCCAAGGAAAUUGAUGUAAAAAACCAAAAGUUGUUGGUCAUGGAGCGCAAGAAUGAAGAAAUAUCUACAUCUCUUCGCAAGAUGACAGAAGAUAAUGCUAAGAUGUAUCAGGCAUACAUUUCAGAAAGGAGGAAGGUGCAGUUAAUUGAGCUGGAGAAUUUGAAGCAGCAACAAAGCUUGAUGAUUCAAAGGAAAGAACUUGAGCAGUACAUUGAGAAAUUGGAGAAGCGAGAGGCCCAACUUGACUUCGAGCAGAAAAAUCAACUCGAGAAGAAAAAGAUGCAGUUGGAGUCUGAAAAUUUCGAAGAGAGCAACUCCAGCUCUAUCAUCCAGAUCAAUGCUUUGAGAAAAGAAUUGGCUGAAAAAGCUGAUGAAUUGCAGUUUGUAGAAACGCUUAGCCAAACUCUUAUCCUCAAGGAGCACAUGAGUAAUCAUGAACUGCAGGAUGCUCGCAAAGAAUUGAUGAGUAGUUUGCAAGAUUUUUGGAAUAGCCAGACCACAAUUGGAAUCAAAAGAAUGGGAGAAAUUAAUCAGCAACCUUUCAAAGAAGCAUGCCUGCAGAAGUUCUCUGGUGGAGAUUGGGAAAUGAAAUCUCUGGAACUGAGUUCAUUAUGGCAAGAGUAUGUGAAAAAUCCAAGCUGGCAUCCUUUCAAGAAAAAAGUUAUGGAUGGAAAACUGCAAGAAGUAAUAGAUGAAGAUGAUGGUAAGUUGAAAGAGCUGAGAGGGCAAUGGGGCGAGGCAGUGCACAAGGCUGUAACCAAAGCAUUGCUGGAGCUGAACGAGUACAAUUCAAGUGGGGGGUAUGUGGUUCCUGAGCUUUGGAAUUUCAAGGAGGGAAGGAAGGCCAGUGUAAAAGAGGUAGUUCAAUGUGUGAUUCAUGAAUUGAAGGCUCUUAAGUCCUCCAAGCGUCGAAGAUGACAGAACCUGAGAAUGUCUUCAGCCUUGCGCUGUGGCUGUUUUCCUACUCCUUUUUUGGGGUUUGUGCAGUAUAUUGUAGCUUAUUUCAAGUUUCCACUGUCCAGAAUGCAAAUCAUUCAUGAUGAAGCAUGGUUUUGGUUUU